UUUUUAGAGCUAAAAAAUAAAUAAAUUUGAAAUUAAAGUCGCUCAACUGACUGUGACGUACCUCCUUCCCCCACUAUGUUACCUGCGCCCUCGCCGCCAUAAGUCUUGCCAUUCGCUUUUUGUGUGCGGGCAUCGCAACAUAUCCGUAAUAGUUCCUAUACAGUUCGAGUGCAUCUUAGUGUUAACUGUGAUCCACUGAUUAGGUACCAAUUUUAGCUAUGGGUAAACGAAAACAUGAAGAUAAGGAGUGGCGUAUUAGAAAGAAAAUAAGGAGGUUACAAAAGCGCCUUAAUCACCUCUCGGGAACCAGCGAUGAUUCGGAUCCUGGGGUGCUGUCACCCGACCACCCAAGAGCACUAUCACCGGACGAACAAGUUCACUUGGACCUUUCGGAAUCUGACGACAUGGACGCGCCUACACAAUCUAUCAGGUCUGUAGUAGCCCCUGGCUUUUCAUUAGAAAAUGCCAACAGGGCCUCCCUCUCGAAUGAGGAUAUGGAGUAUGAAACUCAAGUCAGGGUCCCAACAGUGUCCCCAGAGCCAGUUCCCAGCACUAGUAAAGAACCCGUUGGUGCCAAUAAUAACCAGGAAUCGUUGCCUCAAGAAAUACUAGAAGCGCUCGGCGAUUCGAAAGGAAAGGACGAAGUCUUUGGACCACCGAUUCCUGAUGAGAUUGCUAAACGUUGGGGGUGUAUACUAGUUGAUGGCUUGACAAAAGAACAGAAGCAGGAAGUUUGGGAAAAAUCUCUAGUGCCAGAAAACUUCAAACUUGCGAAAGCACCAUUGUUAAACCCGGAAAUCAUACCGGUCCUAAGUGAACCCAUAAAAAACAGGGAUAAGUUACUGGAGAAGGCACAAAACCACCUCGGUCGAGGAAUAGCAGGCCUUACCAACCUCACAUGCUCAAUUAUCGACGGUGAUACAGAUAAAAUACAGCUUCUGAAGAAAAUCUCGGAUAUUAAUAAAAUAUUGCUGGACCUGCAUUACGAAAAUACAAAAACCAGGCGAAAACUGGUAAUCACGUCACUAGAUAAGAAAUUUACACAACUAAUUACCGAUGUAAAGAGGGACACCUACCUCUUUGGGGCCAAUUUAGGUGAGAAAAUUAAAGCGUCAAAGACUGCCGAGAGAUCCGGACUCCAGAUAAAACGAAGCGAUCACGCGCCCACAUCGCGAAAAUUCCCUCAGCAGGGAAACUGGCGAGGCCCACCCAGAUCUCAAGGUCAACAGGCACGCAGACAGGGUGGGCAGAGACCGCGCUUCCAAGUUCAAACAAACAAACGUCCAACAUCGGCGACACACCGUCAAACACAGCCAUCGAAGACCAACUACAGGGCGAACAAGCCUUAAACAAGAACCAGACACCCACUCUGGACACGACUUACCCUGGUGUCAUCGCUAUUAUCAGGGAAGCAUAUGCCAAACAAGGACUAACGCCCGAAACUAUAGAAAUUAUGAUUGCAUCUUUGGCAAAAAAUUCUUUAAAGCAAUACAACUGCGCCUAUAGAAAGUGGUGGUUUUUUUGUAACAAAAAUGAUAUAAGUUACUUUAGUACGAACGUUCCACUAAUACUACAGUUCCUUACAAGAGAGCACGAAGAAGGGGCAAGCUACUCCACACUUAAUUCCAUACGCUCAGCGUUGGCUAUAAUAUUAGGCAGGCAGUUAAGUGAUGACAACCGAGUCUCCCGGUUCUUUAAGGGUGUGUUCAAAAAGAACCCUACUUUCCCUAAAUACCAAGUAACGUGGAACCCAAAUCUGGUCCUUGAUUAUAUCUCAAACUGGUAUCCUAACGAAGACCUACCACUAGAAAAGCUCACGAAGAAACUAGUAGCUCUUCUCGCGUUGUCGACGGCACAACGUGUGCAGACGCUAUCUCUAAUCCGACUACAGAAUGUCAGAGUCAAUGACUCAAACAUUGAAAUAAUUAUUAAUGACAUAAUCAAAACUUCAGCACCAGGAAGGAGCAUGCCACGGUUAAUCAUACCUUUUUUCCCACAUAAAGCAGAAAUUUGCCCCGGAAAAACGUUGUGCGCAUAUCUAGAAAUAACUAAAAAGUUUAGACACUUCUCCCAUACUGAUAAACUUAUUCUAACUACCAAAAAACCGGUACAUAAUGCGAGUGCCUCCUCAAUUAGCCGUUGGAUAAAAUUAGUACUUACUGAAAGCGGGGUAGAUACGACCAUAUUCUCCGCGCAUAGCACGCGCCAUGCAUCUACUUCAGCGGCUAAAAGAAGAGGCACAUCGGUAGACCUAAUUAAGAAGUCAGCAGGUUGGUCUGGGACCUCGCUUACAUUUGCAAAGUUUUAUGACAGACCUCUGGUAGAUAACGAUGAUGGGGCUUUCGCAAUGGCUGUUUGUGAUUGAUACGUUAUACACCUAUACUAUACUUAAUCAUUAACCUGAUUACACAUUAUUGUAGAUUCUGAUUAUGUAAUUAUUAUAAUAAACCUGUCCUGAUUUUCACAAUAAAAAAUAUUGCUGAUUUGGAAACAUU